AACCUUAUUUUCAUAUAUUUAACCACAUUGUUUUUUCUCCAGAUCCAUACGCUGAGCCACAACAAGAAACAAAUGGAGCAAAAAGCAAGACGAUCCGGUUCGGCAAGUCGGAGAAGAAGGCCGCCGCCGGAGGGUCGGACGAGAAAGAGCAGAGGAAAAAAGAGAAGCAGCGGCUGGAGAAGGAGAAGAAGGAGCUGAAGGAGAAACAGGAGAGGGAGAAGAAGUAGCUGAAAGAGAGGGAGAAGAAGGAGACCGAGAUUAAGAAGACAUUUAAAAUCAAAGGUCAGGAGGACGCCAUGUACCAGGCCAGGGUCACCGUGACCAACAAGGGACGCAAGAACGACCUGCCGGUCACCUGCGGCGAGGUGGUGAGCAUCAUCCGGACCACCAACUGCCCCAAGGGCAAAUGGCUGGCCAGGAGCAGCAGCAACAACUUCGGAUACAUCGCGGUGGAUUUUGUGGAGCUGGACAUCAAGGAGAUGAUGGAGCUGGGGAAGAAGGCCACUCGCAUGAGCGGCGGCACCAACAACAGCCUGAUGGAGGACGAGGUCACCAGGGCCUCAAACCUCUACUCGAUGUCAGCGGAGACCUUCUCAUACGACAGCGACGAGUGGAGCGGCGAUGAAGAGGAACCUCUCUCUCCCGCCCUGGAACCCGAGGCCCUGCUGACCUCGAACGGACACACGCGGACGCUGUCCAUGCCGGACAUGGGAAACAAAGAGCUGAGCGUAAGCCACGCCCACAGCUGCAGUGACAUCAUCGCAGAUGGCCCUAAUGUCCAAGCGAGACAUGAAGCUCUUCAGAAGUUGGCCACAUUUUUCCACUCACCCAAACUUGAGGAAGCAGCUACCAGCGGCACCGAACCAGAGAAAAGUCCCCUCACGGUGAAGAAGGAAUCAGUUCCCCUGUGAGUGGGUUUAUAAAAUACACACUAACUCGCCCACACACACGCACAC